AUGUCGAAGAACGGUUUAGAGGAACCAAGCGGCAGUCAGCCGACGCCGAAGGAGACUACGCCGCUCAUUACAAAGGGUGGCGAAAAUGGCAACGGUGGUGGUAAGAACGGCGGACUCAGCGUUGGGCAGACGAGUAUGUUGAUCGCCGGAGAGAUGGCAGGCAGCGGAGUCUUGGCUCUCCCUAGAGCCCUUGUCAGGACUGGAUGGAUUGGUGUUCCCAUUAUCAUUCUGAUGUGCUUGGUGGCGGCCUUCAGUGGCAAGCGACUCGGUGACUGCUGGACCAUUCUGGAGGAACGCAAUCCUCAACUGAGGAGCAGGAAGAGGAACCCAUACGCUAUUAUUGCUGAUCAAACUCUCGGCAAGACCUGGAGCGUGGUCGUGUCCAUGGCGAUCAUUGUAACCCUCUUUGGAGCUUCGGUCGUGUACCUGCUGAUGGCAGCUCAGAUCAUCGAACAACUCCUACUCACUCUGAUCCCAACAUUGACCAUUUGCACUUGGUACCUGAUCGUGGUCGGAGCCAUGACUCCUCUUAUCUUCUUUAACAGCCCUAAGGAUCUGACCUUCACUGGUGUAAUCGCCUUCGGAUCCACGGUGAUUGCCUGCAUCUUGUACUUUAUUGAGAUGAUGAACGAAGUCCGUCCUUUCGUGUUUCGUUGGGGUGUCCACGGCUUUACGGAUUUCUUCCUUGCUUUCGGCACCAUCAUGUUUGCGUUUGGGGGUGCCUCAACCUUUCCAACCAUCCAGAACGACAUGACCGACAAAUCUCAGUUUGGGAAAAGCAUUCAGUACAGUUUUGGGGCCAUCCUGUUGCUGUACCUACCCAUCGCGAUCGGAGGCUAUGCUGUGUACGGCGAGUCAGUUGGGUCUAACGUGGCCUUAUCUCUGUCUGCUACCCCGUUGACCCUGGUCGGAAACAUCUUUAUGGCCAUUCACCUCGUCUUCGCUUUUAUCAUCUUGAUUAACCCGGUCUGCCAGGAAAUGGAAGAGAUUUACAACAUUGAGAGAGAUUCCGUGGGCUGGCGUGUCCUGAUCCGCCUCUCCAUCAUGGGCGCCAUUUUGUUCAUCGGCGAGAGUAUUCCUCGUUUCUACACGAUCCUCGCGCUGGUCGGAGGCACAACAGUGGCUCUGCUCACUUACAUCCUGCCUUCGUUCUGCUACCUGAGCCUCAUUAACCAGACGCCUAGAGAGGGGCAGACUCCAAUAGAAACUCCUGGCUGGGUGAAAUUGCUUUGCUACGAGGUUAUUGCCCUCGGGGUCCUUGGGGCCGUGGCCGCAACCUACAGCGGACUAAGCGCCGUGUUCAGCAGCGCCGUCACCACGCCCUGCUACCUACGAUAGGUGAAUAAAUGUACGGUCCGUCUUCACCUACACUGUGUCAAAGCCGCACUCCCUCUCUCACCGACAUGGGAUAUAAUAUCACACGGCUUGUACAUCUCAUAGUAUGUUCCUAAUAAGAGGCCGUCAGCGCAAAAGUGACUUAAGCUUACCAUAGUUCGCAUGGAGAUAAUGAGGUUUGAAUCUACUGUCACUCUGUUUUGUAGGCAAAAACAAUACGAGCAAAAAUAAUAUUUAUAAAUCCAUCUGUUAUGUAUAUGUGAAACUAUGGGUAGGCCGGUUUUGCAUCAAAAAUUAUUUAUGUUUUAAAUAAAUUGCAGUAUAUUAUAAGCACGAAUAUGAAUAUUGCGGACUAGGCCACGACGGCCUCGUAUGCACCUUUGUUUUAAACUAUUGUAAAUUUAUUCAUUUCUUCGAAUUCCAAAUUGCGCGCCUUUUACUUCGAACUUGAGUAUUAUUAACGAUAUAUGUUUUUUACUGGGCAUACAUUUUCAUAAUAUUAUUGUUAUUGAAACGAACAUCUACUAUGUCACAUCGAGAGGACGGACCUGAACAUUUAAGCACUUCUUGUACGUAUAAUACAAGCUUUCAAAGUAUGUACUUGAUAUUUGUUGUUUUUUAUAUAAUAAUAUAGCAAGGAUAAUAAUGCAGCUUGAAAUGAUCAAUAUUGUCCUGUGGUCCUGCUUUGUCUAGAUGUAAGUUUUUUAUUACUCUGUAUUGAUUUUACUUUUAUAUAAUUUUAAUUUUAAGAGAACUAUUUGAUGUUCGAUGACCGUUCAUACAAUAUUCCAAUAAAAUAUUUUAGUUCAUAAUUAACUAUCACUAAUAUAAUAGUGCGUUUUUAAAUAUAAAGUUUUGAAGAUGUUUUUUUAAUAGUUUUUUUUUUAAGUUACGACUGUUUUCUGUUUUGUUAAAAUAUAUUUUUUCUUAUUGUGUUAAUUUUAAAAUGUAGGCGCCACGAAGAAAUUUAUUUGUGGUACUUAUUUCUAACAAAUGAUCGAACCACAACAUUUCGCAUUAACAUCAAGCUUCUAGACUAGUUUUUGUGUAGUAUCUUAGUAAUUUUCCCGUGUGAAACAUUAUGACGUUUUUUUUGAGAAAU